CCUCUCCCAAAAUUUCCUUGUUUUUUGUUUAAAAAAAAAUCGGCUCGUCCAUCGUCAGUACCGUACGUCUGAGGUAGCUCUGCAUCGGGAGGAAGAACUGAAGGCGGGUGAUCCAUGGCUUCCGGCGAGCGCGUGUACGAGGACUUCAAGCCUCCGCACAAGAUGGAGCGCGAGCCGGCCACCCACACGCUCACCGUCGACCUCUCUGCCCAAGGGUACAGGAAGGAGCACAUCAGGGUGCAGAUGGUCCACAGCCACCGGUGCCUCAUCGUGCGCGGGGAGCGCCCCGUCGACGGCAACCGCUGGAGCCGCUUCCGCCUCGAUCUCCCCGUCCCCGACGGCUGCGACGCCAAGGCCGUCCACGCUAGGUUCGACAACGGCGUCGUCCGCGUCACCAUGCCUGGCGUCCAGCAGCCGGAGCCCGUCCUCCCGGUCGUCGCCGGCACCGCCGACCAGCAGCAGCAGCAGCAGGAGACGCCGCUGCCGAAGCAUGCUGGUACGGCCGCUGCCGCUGGCGACGACGACGUGCAAGGGCGGAAAGGCGUCGUCGGCGCUGCGGGGCAAGACGGCGGUGAUCGUGAUCGUGCCGCGGGAGGGCAGGAUGAGGUGGACAAGCACGAGACGCCGCGGAAGCAAGAAGCGAGGCAGCGCGUGGUGAGCUCAGCGAAACACGCCGGCGGCAGUAGCGGUAGGGGCGACGACACAGCUGCAGGUGGGGUAGGGCAGGAGGUGAUGGCCGCCGCUUCUCCCACGUCGUCACGCCAAGGCUACGGCUUCCUCCAUAACCGGAAGAAGGUGACCUUCACCGUGCUCGGCGGCGUGGCGCUCGUCCUCAUCAGCCUCGGCAUCUAUGCCAAGUACAGCCUCUCGCCAUAAACCGUGCUACCGGCCUGGCGCCGUGGCGCAUGCAUCAUAGUGAUGACGACUGCACCUUGCGUAUGUAUUGUUGAAGUAUACUCAGUGGAGAGAGAUGGAGAGAAUACAAAUGAGAGAACUGUUUGUAUUCCACAGAUCAUUACACUUAUAUACAAGUGAAGGGGUGUAUCCCAAGAGGUGUGUCCAUUGGGGAAAACUGUCGUACCCCUUGGAUUGAUCACAUAUGUAAUAUUUUGUAACACUCCCCCUUGAUCAAUCCAACUUCAUUUGAUGA